AACAGUUUUCAAAUAAUAUGGAAUUCGAUGCGCCGUUUAUUUAAACGUAUCAAUGUUCUUGUGACUGAAACAGGGGAGGAAUCGAAGAGUAAAUCAUCAAUGGCGAGAGGACAACUCCAAGUGCUGAACGCGCUGGAUGGAGCGAAGACGCAGUGGUACCACUUCACGGCGAUCGUGAUCGCCGGCAUGGGCUUCUUCACCGACGCCUACGACCUCUUCUGCAUCUCCCUCGUGACCAAGCUGCUGGGUCGCAUCUACUACUACGUUCCCAACUCCGACGCCCCCGGCACGCUCCCGCCCAACGUCUCCGCCGCCGUCAACGGCGUCGCCUUCUGCGGCACCCUCGCGGGCCAGCUCUUCUUCGGCUGGCUCGGAGACAAGAUGGGCCGGAAGCGAGUUUACGGCAUGACCCUAAUGCUCAUGGUGAUCUGCUCCCUCGCCUCCGGCCUCUCCUUCGGAAAAACCGCCAAGGGCGUCAUGGCGACUCUCUGUUUCUUCCGCUUCUGGCUCGGCUUCGGCAUAGGUGGCGAUUACCCGCUCUCGGCAACCAUCAUGUCUGAGUACGCGAAUAAGAGAACCCGCGGCGCCUUCAUAGCCGCGGUCUUCGCGAUGCAGGGCUUUGGGAAUUUGACAGGAGGUAUCGUUGCCAUCAUCGUCUCCACGGCCUUCAAAAACCGCUUCCACGCACCCGCUUAUCAAGUUGACGCUGUCGGCUCCACAGUCCCUGAGGCCGACUUUGUGUGGAGGAUCAUCUUGAUGUUCGGUGCUAUCCCCGCCCUUCUAACCUACUAUUGGCGGAUGAAGAUGCCGGAGACCGCCCGGUACACCGCUCUGGUUGCCAAGAAUGCUAAGCAAGCUGCCGCCGACAUGUCCAAGGUUCUUCAAGUCGACAUCGUCGCGGAACAAGACAAAGUGGAAGAAAUAGUUACGCAAGAAACCAAUUCCUUUGGGUUGCUUUCGCGGGCGUUCGCCCGCCGGCACGGGAUGCACCUUCUGGCCACCACCACCACCUGGUUCCUCCUCGACAUCGCCUUCUACAGUCAGAACCUGUUCCAGAAGGACAUCUUCAGCGCCAUCGGUUGGCUCCCCAAGGCGAGGACGAUGAACGCGCUGGAGGAAGUGUACCGCAUUGCUCGCGCGCAGACGCUUGUCGCGCUCUGUGGCACCGUUCCGGGCUACUGGUUCACCGUCGCCUUCAUCGAUAAGAUGGGGCGGUUCGCGAUCCAGCUGAUGGGGUUCUUCAUGAUGACUGUCUUCAUGCUCGGCCUCGCCAUUCCCUACCACCACUGGACCACGCCCGGGAACCACAUCGGCUUCGUCGUCAUGUACGGCUUCACCUUCUUCUUUGCCAACUUCGGACCCAACGCCACCACCUUCAUCGUGCCGGCGGAGAUCUUCCCUGCCCGGUUGAGGUCAACGUGCCACGGUAUCUCAGCUGCAGCAGGGAAGGCCGGGGCCAUCGUGGGAUCCUUCGGCUUCCUCUACGCAGCGCAGAACACGAAUAGGGCCUUGACCGAUCGCGGGUACCCGCCAGGGAUCGGCGUCAGGAACUCACUUUUCGUGCUUUCCAUCUGUUGCUUCCUGGGAUUUCUCUUCACGUUCCUGGUGCCAGAGUCGAAGGGGAAAUCGCUGGAGGAGUUGUCCGGUGAGAAUGAGGUGGCCGACGAUGCUGACUUCGCCGGCGGAUACAAUAAGACGACCAUCGUUUAAAUCAUAUAUAAUUUGUAUGUAAUCAAUUAGCUAAAUACAUAUAGACAUUAUGGAUGUCUAUGGAAAAUUGUGCUAUCAAAUCAUGAUCAAAUUAAUAAAAGGUCACUUCAAAAGUAAA